CUAUUCCGAUGUAAAAACUACGAUUCGACAAUGAAACGAAGAAAGACAGAGUGUUAAUAAUGAUAAGACUUUCGUCUAACCAUUUAAGAUGUUAGACGUGUUUCGCGGUCUAAAGAAUCUGAUAAAAGUGAACUAUGUACAUAUCGACUCGCCAGUGUUCCGUCUACACUAUUCUAUAACAGUUAUCUUGCUUAUAUCGUUCAGUUUGAUAGUGACUACGCGACAAUACGUAGGUAAUCCCAUAGACUGUAUACACACUAAGGAUAUACCUGAAGACGUUCUGAAUACAUACUGUUGGAUCCAUUCGACUUAUACUUUGAAGAGUUUCUUCAAGAAGAAGGUGGGAGUGGAAGUGCCAUAUCCCGGGAUUGGCAACAGUCGAGAGAAGGGCAGGGAAGAUAUGAGUGACAGAAAGAUCUACAAAUACUACCAAUGGGUGUGUUUCUGCCUGUUUUUUCAGGCCAUGCUGUUCUACGCCCCCCGCUGGCUGUGGAAGUCCUGGGAGGGCGGCAAGAUCCGAGCCCUCAUGAUGGACCUGGACGUGGGCGUGUGCACCGAGAUCGAGAAGAAGACCAAGAAGAAGCUCAUCCUGGACUACCUGUGGGAGAACCUGCGGUACCACAACUGGUGGGCCUACCGGUACUACCUGUGCGAGGGGCUCGCUCUUGUCAAUGUUAUAGGGCAAAUGUUCCUGAUGAACCGUUUCUUCGAUGGCGAGUUCAUGGCGUUCGGCCUCAACGUCAUCGAGUACAUGGAGUCCGACCAGGAGGACCGAGUGGACCCCAUGAUCUAUGUGUUCCCGAGAAUGGUAAAGUGCACGCUGUUCAACAAGUUCGGCUCCUCGGGCGAGGUGGAGAGACACGACGCCCUCUGCAUCCUGCCCCUCAACGUCGUCAACGAGAAGAUCUACGUCUUCCUCUGGUUCUGGUUCGUGAUCCUCGGCAUCCUCACCUUCAUCACACUCCUCUACCGCGUCGUGAUCAUCUUCUCCCCGCGAAUGAGGGUCUACAUGAUGCGCAUGCGCUUCAGACUCGUCCGGCGGGACAACGUCGACACUAUCGUCCGCAGAUCCAAGAUGGGAGACUGGUAUCUACUGUACAUCCUUGGAGAGAACUUGGACUCUGUCAUUUUCAGGGAUAUCAUGAACGAGUUUGCUAACAAGCUUAACCAUAACUAUCAGCAUCAUAUCCACGGCGUUCCUGACGCGUGACAACCGUUACCAGGGUGGGUAUUCCACACCUGACUAACGUCGCUACAGAGGGACAUGGAGCCCCCAGAGCCCCAAGAGCCCCCUGUAUAAACUGACUUUGAAGUGCAAAGUGAAAGUGAUCUCACGGUACUGGCCUAAUAGUGUAGUGACUAGGACCCUACAGCAUACCGUCUUCGGAUCAUUCGCCGUCGUACUUAGUUCACGAAAAUAUGAUUUAA